AUGCAAGAUACUAUGAGGUCCAUGCAGACCCAUCCUACUGCUCCUACUACCCCUGCUACUCCUGCCGUCCCAGCUGCACCAAAUGCUCCUGCAAAUGAUGCUACUGGCCGCUUAAUGGAAAAAUUCUUAAAGAUCCAGCCCCUUACUUUUGCUGGGAUCUCUAAGGAUUCCCUUCUACCAGUUAAGUGGAUUAAAGAAAUGGAGAAAGCCUUUGAGUUCUUAGGCUGCAAUGAAGAACAGAAAAUUUCUUGUGCAAGAUAUAAGCUACAGCAAGAAGUAGAAGCUUGGUGGCAGAUCACUAAGCCUAUUUUGGCUGCUGCCCACUCUGUUCUAACCUGGGAAAUCUUCAAGGAAGCCUUCUUUGGCAACUAUUUCCCUACUAGUGUGAGAAAGAAGAAGGAAAUUGAACUCAUGGAGUUAGUUCAAGGCCCCAGAUCAAUGUUAAAAUAUCAACAGAAGUUUGAAGAACUCUUUUUCUUCACUCCUCCCCACUUAAACACUGAUGAGGCUAAAGCACAAAAGUUUAAAGAUGGAUUGAGGCCAUUCCUUGCCACAGUAAUGAUUACAUAUAAGGCUCAGGGUUACUUAGAAGUUGUACAAAUGGCUAAGAGGAUUGAAGACAAACAGAGGGACACCUAUCUGACUAAUAUGGGGUCUAGCAAGAGAUCAGUACCUUUUGCUGACAAGGAAUACAGUAAAUUUCCUCAGCCAGUUUACUACAGCUCAGCCUCUUCUCAACUGCAAAAGGGGGCUAUAGAGUCAUCAGCUCCUAAGCCAGUGUAUGCAAAUCCCAACAUCAAGGCUAUAGAAGUUCCGACAAGUGUAGCCAGCCAGGAAGCCAAGUGA